AUGGCGACUGACUCUCGACGAUACAAUUUCGAGGCUCCCGAGUGUCGAGGAUGCUCCACCCAUUACACAUACUAUCGUGGUGAUAGAGUAUCAUGUAUCCACUUAAAGGAUGUUGGUGAUUGUCUUACAACAGACAAUGGGACAAAUUUCGUGGGGUCGGAGAACCUGUUCAAAAAGAUCGAUUGGAAAAGAGUCUCUGAUUAUUCAAGAGCUCAGAAGAUGAGAUGGAGCUUCAAUCCACCAUCUGCUCCGUGGUGGGGAGGAUGGUGGGAGCGUCUUGUCGGGCUCGUUAAACGAUUGCUUCGUCGAAUAUUGGGUAAGGCAUGUUUGACUUAUGAGGAGAUGAUGACGACGCUUUGCGACUGUGAAUCGGUCAUAAAUUCGCGACCGAUGACCUACGUAUCCGACGAUCCGAUGGAUUUGGUUUCGUUGUCGCCAUCUAUGUUCCUGCAGGAAACCAGAGAGAUUGGCGUACCCGAUUGCGACAGUGUGGAUCGUAAUAGCAUGGUAAAGAGAAUGCGCCACAAACAAAAAUUGCGAGACGAUUUACGACGUCGGUUUCGAGCCGAGUAUCUCGGUCAAUUGAUGCAGCGCAAUAAGUCAAAAACGGACCAGCGUAUGCCCAAAGUGGGUGAUACUGUUAUGAUUGGCAACGACAUUCAUAAACGACUAGAAUGGCCGUUGGCGAGAGUUCUGGAAACUAUCGCUGGGAAUGAUGGAGAAAUUCGGGUCGUUCGUUUGAAGACGGCUUCAGGAGAAGUCACGAGGCCGGUGCAACGAGUGUACCCUCUCGAACUGAACGAUAACGAGAGUGGUGAGAUGAGAAAGAGACAGAUCGACAUUCUCCCGAGAGCAGAAGCCGCUGAAACGGCACCCCAAGACGAGAAACCGAGCUCGAGCUCGACUGUUCCAGAAGAAGCAACCAUAACGCGAAGAGGACGGUCCGAUAUUUAUAUUCGAGAUUUAUUGAGACAAAUCUCGGGUGGGAGGAUGUUCGGAAUAGUUUAA